GGGUCGUUUAUGUGGAGUGUAAUAUCAAACACAUUUCAAAACCAAUAACAAUUAAAAGUUACUUUUAUGGUAAGUUUUGUUUGAAGUUUAAGUUCAACCGUUCAUAAGUAGCAACCAACCUGUCACUACCGGACAUUGGUACAAAUGUCACGUUAACACGAAAAUAAAUCAACCAGAUGAUACUCUAUAAAUGUUCAAUAUACCGACUGAAAAAUGAUUUUUUUUCUUGUUCUACAGGUGACUAAGGUUAACAGAAGUCAAGUGAGUUUAGUAUAUCCAUUCUCAGAUUUCAUCACUCACCAGUCAGUUAUUGUUAACGUAAACCGUGGCCGAAGUUGCCAAAUCAUAUUAGUACGAUGCGAUGAAAUUAUGAGGUCUAGUCUAGUUAUGUUUAGACUAAUCACGUACCGUUAAAGUGCAACUAAUCACAAUUUCGUUUACACUCAUCUUAGAGCAAUAAUUUUUGUGCAGGGGCUUGUAAUCCUAUCUCAAUCUGUUUUUCAGAUUCUCUUUGUAGAAUAUCGAUAUACUUACAAAUAAUCAGAUGUCUAAACAUUUAUUAUGGUUCUCCCACAUUGAUCGGUGUAGGGUUGCGGAAACUGAGGGAGUGUACUGAUACUUAAAGUGUUGUUUUUUCCUAAGAUUUAUUACACAAAUUAUUGGACACCCUGAGCUUUAUCGUUACUACUAAACUAUUUUGACUGAACUAUCAUCAUUUCACUAUUAGACCAGAGUUCUUAUUUUUACAAUACUGAAUUAAUAUCUGCUCGUUAACGUUGUUCUUUUUCACCAAAUUCUAAUCUCACAGAACAACAGAAUUCAUGAUAAUUUUGUAAGAAAUAAUCAUGCAUUAUGGAAAAUUGUAAAGUUAAUCUAAUUGAAAAUUCAACGGAUGUUGAACUGAUCACUUCUCUCGAAGAUUAUAAAGAACCGGUGCGUAGAGUGCGUCCAGAUGCAUGUAGAAAGUCUAUACAAGCAAGAAGAUGUGUUCAACAUUUGAAAAGAUUGAAAACGCGUUCAAGUAAACUUCAGUACAAUUCAACUAUUCAAGAUAACCAAUAUCAACUAUCAUACGAACUGUUUAAUUCAAUGCAAGAUCUAGGUUCAAUCUCCUUAACUUUAAAUAAUAAUAAUAAUAAUAAUAAUAAUAAUGCUAGUAACUGUUCACAACCUCCUCAACGAAAAAACAUUCUUUCAUAUAGAGAUUAUUUAGCCUUACCAAUUGAAAUACGUUAUCCAUACAAUUACGUCAGUGAUUUAUUUGAAGAUGCUCAUCCUGAAAAUGCUGACAGCAAUCGGAAUAAUAAUAAUUAUGAAGAACCCGAUGUUUUCCGGUUCAAUCAUGACGAUGUAGUUUGUGAGGGAGAUCACUAUUUAUUUAAAUGUGAACUCAGUGAAUAUUUAGCUGAUGGAGUAUUGGGGAUUUACAAGCUGGAAAAUGAAUUUAUCCCUGCUAAUUUGAGUGCCCAAGAGAAAGAGGUGGCAGAAAUCUUCAAAAAGGAUCCCUAUCCCAAUUUGGCCAUAUGGUCUCUAAGAGAGGUUUUCGAAGAACACGGAGUUCAUAAAUGGAAUCAAACUUACGAUCGAGAUCACAAAACAUUUAAAUAUAGAUAUGGACCAUUGACUCAAAAUGAUUCUGGACUUUAUUAUUGUCGUUUUAUUAUUCCUGGUGAAUAUUCGACUUUAAUGUCGACUUACAUGAAACUUGAAGUUAAUAUGAAUUGUCCUAAACCAUUAAUCAACUGGGUUGUUCGAUUACUCCCAUAUUUCCUAUUGUUCGUCUUUAUCUCGGUGAUUCUUCAACUGGUUUGGCUAUGGAGACGAAAAUCUGAAAUUAUUACAUAUAAGUUGAUAAGUAUUGGACGUUCUAUAGAGUACUAUCAGUUUGCUACAAGUGAUGCACAAAUAUCAAAUAACAAUAAUUCGGAUAAUAAUUCAUUUGAAAAUACUACAAGUUUAAUGUUAGACCCGAUUAAUAAACCUGUGAUUAAUAUAAACACUAUUGUCACCCGUCGUCCACCGAAAUUUAUAAAUAAAAUUAAAGAACGAUAUACUACUAAUCGUUAUGUAACUUCACAAAGUCAACAACAAUUUUAUAAUAGGUUCACACAUGAAAAAGAUAUACAACGUUUAAAAGAAUUAGAUAAACUAUUCUUAUCCAAUUAUCAACUCGAAAAAGAUGAACAUUAUGAGUUCUCACGUAAAAAUCUUCAAUUAACAUGUCGAUUAGGUUCAGGUGCUUUUGGUAUUGUUUAUAGAGGUGUUGCGGAAAAUCUACCAAAUUGUGUUAACCCUAAUGAGAAAAUCGAUGUUGCUGUUAAAACUUUAAAAGAUGAUUUCAAAGAAGAAGAUGUGUCUGAAUUCUUGAUGGAAGUGAACAUUAUGAAACAGUUGCGUCAUAUGCAUAUUAUUGAAUUUUAUGGAGUUUGUACGGAAAAUGGCUCACCACUUUUAAUAAUGGAAUAUGCUCCUUAUGGGAAUCUCAAAGAGUAUCUACGUCGUCAUCGGGAAAUUUGGUUGAAUUGUGACAAUUUAUCUUUGAAACUCUUAAAUUUCGGAUGUCAGGUUGCUAAUGGUAUGAAAUAUCUGGAGUCAAAGUGUCUUAUUCAUCGUGAUUUAGCUGCUCGUAAUAUUUUGGUUGGUAAACAUUAUCAAUUAAAAAUUGCUGACUUUGGACUUACAAGGUUUGCUGAAAAUUAUUAUCGUAAAGUGAAAAAUGGCCGUGUUCCUUUAAAGUGGUUAGCUCCGGAAUCUCUAGGUGAUAAAAUCUAUACAAUUAAGUCGGACGUCUGGUCAUUUGGUAUACUAUUGUGGGAGAUAUUCACCCUUGGCUCAUCACCAUAUCCAAAUAUUAAUGUAACAGAAAUUAUACAUUCAAUUCAAUCGGGUGUACGUAAUGAAAAACCAUUAUUAGCAUCAAAUACAAUUUAUCAAAUUAUGUGUAACUGUUGGCAGUUAGAUCCAAAAGAACGAUUAUCAUUUUCAAAAUUAGUGAAUUUAUUAGAAUUACAAAUCAAUGAACAUGAUGAUCGUACUGAAAUUAGUGAAACAACAUCAGGAAUAUCAACAUAUCAUGAUGAUGAUAAUCAUAAUAAUUGUAACAUUGAUUUAUUAACAAAUAAUAAUGAUAAAAAUAAUAAAAAAUUAGAUAUGGACAUUAGUAGUACGACUAAUGGAUAUGGUAGUUUUGAUUUCUCUGACGAUGAUCAACAGAAUGAUGAAUAUGUUCAUCAUCCUAUUUUGUCAACAGCAUUUACUUCAGUUUACUGUGAAAUGAGAGCCUAA